UGCCUCAGACCAAAGGCACGGAGAAGAGAGGGAGAGAGAUGGGCAUAUCAGGCUCAAAGCGAGUGAGGAACUCGCUCUCCAGCUCACCCGAGUUCGACUCAGCGUGCGACUCAGCCUACUCGCACUGUCUCUCCUUGACGCAGCACGCAUUCGCAGGCGUCUUCCCCUACCAACUCGCCGCCGCCUCCGACCACCUCCACCGCACGCUCUCCACCAUCCGCCCCCACCCUCUCGUCCUCAAGUGGCUCCCCUCUCCCCCCACCGGGGCCCAGGUCGACUCGGCCUUCCGGGCCGUCACUCACCGCCGGCCCACCAGAGACGACCCCUCUGUUAUUGGGCCGGCCCAGUUCAGGGAGUGGGCCGUCGAGCUGUUCUCGCACGCCGUUGUGUUCAACGCUAGCAAAGCCGUUCUGUGCCGUGUCCCGAUCGGAAUCGCUGGGAUCGCUGGAAUCGGAGCCGUGACUCGGUCCGGAAAGAACCUGGUUGGGACCGCGAUUGGGGUUUACGCGCUUGGCGUCGCCACUUCUGUUUAUCUUAGUUUGUCAGGCUAGAUUUUUUUCUUUUCUUUUUUUGGGAGUUUCAUGUUUGUACAUUGUUUGACACGUGGCUUGAUGCUUUGAUCUUAAGCUAUCUUCAAGAACAUGACAAUUAUUGAUCGUCCGCUACAAAAUUGCUUAA